AUGACGGCUGCAACAUCGACAACCAUAUCAGUCCCUACAACCACUGCAGAAUCAGCGAGUACAAUUGCACCUUCAACUACAGGAGCAGAAACAACAACAACUGCCGCAGCAACUGCAGCUACAGAAACAACCACAGCUGCCCCAGCAACCACGGCUGCUGCAACGACAGCUGCAGCAAUGACAUCUUCGGCUGCUCCAACAACAACCACCCUGCCCCCUACAACCAUUGCAGACUCAAUGAGUACAAUUGCCCCUUCAUCUACAACUGCAGAACAAACAACUGCUGCAACAACUACAGCUGCAGAAACGACCACAGCAGCCCCAACAACCACUCCUGCUGGAACAGCAACUACACAUAGAGCAACGACAAUGACGGCUGCCCCAACUACAACCACAAUGCCCCCUACAGUUACCGCUGAAUCAACAACUACAACUUCCCCUACAACUACAGUUGCAGAAACAACAACGACUGUUGCAACAACUACAGCUGCUGCAACAACAUCCACAGAUGCAGCAACGACAAUGACGGCUGCACCAUCGACAACCAUAUCGGUCCCUACAACCACUGCAGAAUCAGUGAGUACAAUUGCACCUUCAACUACAGGAGCAGAAACAACAACAACCGCCGCAGCAACUACAGUUUCAGAAACAACCACAGCUGCCCCAGCAACCACGGCUGCUGCAACGACAGCUGCAGCAAUGACAUCUUCAGCUGCUCCAACAACAAGCACACUGCCCCCUACAACCAUUGCAGACUCAAUGAGUACAAUUGCCCCUUCAUCUACAACUGCAGAACAAACAACUGCUGCAACAACUACAGCUGCAGAAACGACCACAGCUGUCUCAACAACCACGGCUGCUCCAACAACAACCACACUGGCCCCUACACCCAUUGUAGACUCAAUGAGUACAAUUGCCCCUUCAUCUACAGCUGCAGAACAAACAACUGCUGCAACAACUACAGCUGCAGAAAUGACCACAGCUGCCCCAACAACCACUCCUGCUGGAACAGCAACUACAGAUACAGCAAUGACAGUGACGGCUGCCCCAACUACAACCACAAUGGCUCCUACAACAACUGCUGAAUCAACAACUACAGUUGCACAAACCAAAACGGAAACCACAACUGCUCCAACAAGUACAGCUGUGGAAACAACAACUGCUCCAUCAACUACUACAAAUUCCUUUAUAAUUACAGCUGCAGUAACAACCACAGCUGCAGAAACAAUAACCACAGCUUCUACUACAUUGACAACAGCCUCCCCAACAACCAGUGUUUGA